AUGGCUAAGAAGUACAAUUUGAAGUGGAACUCCCAUCAUGCUGAGACCUUUGCAGACUUUGAGACAUUACGGAGUAGGGAGAUGUUUGUUGAUAUCACUCUUUCAUGUGAAGGACAGACAAUGAAGGCUCAUAAAUUGGUCUUGUGCUCGGGGAGCUUCCUUUUUCAAAAGUUAUUGCUGCGUGAAAAUAGCACCAGUCCCAUCAUUCAUUUCCAUGGUGUAGACAUGAUGCUUCUUAAACUUUUGUUGGAUUUCAUAUACAUGGGUGAAGUGGAAGUACCUACCAAUCAAUUGGAUCAAUUCAUUGCUCUUGCUGAAAGCCUUGAAGUUAAGGGGCUGAAAAAAGGAACCAAAAAUUCUGAUUCAUAUGUAGACAGAUCCAAUGACUCUGAUGAAUCCAAGGACAGAUCCAAAGGCUCUGGUGCAUCUAGGGACAGAUCCAAAGGCUCUGCUGCAUCUAAAGACAGAUCCAAAGGCUCUGGUGCAUCUAGGGACAGACCCAAUGGUGCAGAGUCACCCAGAGUUGGACUGGGUGGCAUUGACUCAUCUAGAGACAGACCCAAUGCUACCAACUCUUCCAAGGACAAGCCCAAAGGCUAUGGUGCAUCUAGGGACAGAUCCAAAGGCUCUGGGGCAUCUAAAGACAGAUCCAAAGGCUCUGGUGCGUCUAGGGACAGACCCAUUGCUGCUGAUACAUCUGGAGACAUACCAAAUUCAACUGACUUGCCCAGAGAUGGACCCAAUGGCGCAGAGUCACCCAGAGUUGGACUGGGUGGCAUUGACUCAUCUAGAGACAGACCCAAUGCUACCAACUCUUCCAAGGACAAACCCAAUGGCUCUGGUGCAUCUAGGGACAGACCCAAUGGCACCAACUCGUCUGGAGAUAGAUCCAAUGGUGCUGACUCAUCUGAAGGCAGACCCAUUGGUGCUGAUGCAUCUGGAGACAAACCCACUGGCACUGACAUAUCUGAAGACAGACCCAAUGCUGCCAACUCUUCCAGAGACAGAUCCAUUGAUACCAACUCUUCCAAGGACAAACCUAAUGGCUCUGGUGCAUCUAGGGACAGAUCUAAAGGCUCUGGUGCAUCUAGGGACAGAUCUAAAGGCUCUGAUGCAUCUAGGGACAGAUCCAAAGGCUCUGGUGUAACCUGGGGCAAACCCAAUGGCACCGAUUCAUCUGGAGAUAGACCCAAUGAUGUGGACUCUUCCAGAGACCAACCCAGUGGCGCUGACUUGUCUGGAGACAGGCUGAAUGGCACCAACUCUUCUGAAGACAGACCCAUUGGUGCUGAUGCAUCUGGAGACAUACCAAAUUCCACAGACUCACCCAGAGAUGGACCCAAUGGCACAGACUCACCCAGAGUCAGACCAGGUGGCAUUGACUCAUCUGGAGACAGACCCAAUAGUUCUGACUCAUUCAGAUUACCUGAGACAUCUGAGGUAUCAGCUGGAUCUAGCAAGCCAAGCACAACCAAUCUUAAUCCAUAUGUCAAACUUGAACGUCUGGAUACUCUAGAAGAAGUUGUUGCUUCUACUUCUGCUUCUCCUUGCCCUUGUCCAGCUAAACGAAAGCUUCCUGCCAGAGAAUGUAGAGAGAAGAGACUCAAAACACAAAAAAAGCCUACUGGUCUUGUGUCUUCAACCAAGAGAAGAAAACCUAAGCCAAAAUCAGUCACUUCUGAUGGUGCAAGUCAGGUACCUUUCAAAGACAGGGGCUUGAUAGAACCAUUGGUCAAGCUUGAAGUUUCGGAAAAUGAAGUACUCCAAGUUGUGGAUGUAGGACUGCCAUCUGAUUGGGUUACAUUAGAAGAAAUGGCACGAGAAAUGGCAUUUGCUCGGGGUUAUUAUGGCUCUGGUUCUACUGCAAAAAGGAGAGAAAAAGUUGACCCAAAAACAGUUCCAGUCCACAUCCCUUCCUAUAUUGAUUCAGGGAGUUUGGAAAGAUCAGAAGAUGGAGUAUGGUCUGGAACACAAGGUGGCCGAGACAUCAGGGCCUUCUUUUGCCAAUACUGCCCAUUUUUAUCUACAAACAAGGAAACUGUUGGAAGGCAUCAGCGGGCCCACUUGCACAAGAAUCCUUUUCAAUGUCCCCAUUGCGGUGAAACAUUUCACACGAACGAGUUGAAGAUAUACCAUGUGAUGAUGAAACAUGGUUCUGUUGCUACUAGGCCAUAGUGCCAAUAUUCUGCUAUUGUUUUGAACAAGAAUAAGUUAUAUCCUGUGCACAACCUCAGAAACCGGGGGAUAUUUGGAAUAGUUUUAAGUGCUGGUUUGUAAUAUCUUGAAACUGUGUGAAUAAAAUGUUUGAAAGGA